GCUCGCGCCGGGGCUGCUGGAGCAGAUAAAGCGCGGCUGGGAGACCUCGCCAGCCCUGCUGACCCGGCUCCAGCCCGGCUCCGAACGCUAGCUCGUGGGGUGUGCAGGCCGGUCCUCCGACUCUUUCCCUAGGGUCCUUGUGACCCCCUGGCUCCGGGAGUCCCCUGUCCCUUCCCGGAGUCCCCGCGGACCCCCGCCAUGGGCAACACGAGCAGCGAGCGCGCCGCGCUGGAGCGGCAGGGCGGCCAUAAGACGCCGCGAAGGGACAGCUCGGGGGGCGCCAAGGACGGGGACAGGCCCAAGAUCCUCAUGGACAGCCCCGAGGACGCCGACCUCUUCCAUCCCGAGGAGAUCAAGGCUCCAGAGAAGGAGGAAUUCCUGGCCUGGCAGCAUGAUCUGGAAGUGAAUGAUAAAGCCUCUGCCCAGGCUCGGCCAACUGUAUUUCGAUGGACGGGGGGCGGAAAGGAAGUUUACUUAUCUGGGUCCUUCAACAACUGGAGUAAACUUCCCCUCACAAGAAGCCACAAUAACUUUGUCGCCAUCCUGGAUCUGCCUGAAGGAGAGCAUCAGUACAAGUUCUUUGUGGAUGGCCAGUGGACACAUGACCCUUCUGAGCCAAUAGUAACCAGCCAGCUUGGCACAGUUAACAACAUCAUUCAAGUGAAGAAAACUGACUUUGAAGUAUUUGAUGCUUUAAUGGUGGAUUCCCAAAAGUGCUCCGACGUGUCUGAGCUGUCCAGUUCCCCACCGGGACCCUACCAUCAGGAGCCCUACGUCUCCAAACCAGAAGAGCGGUUUAAAGCGCCACCCAUCCUCCCCCCACAUCUGCUCCAGGUCAUCCUGAACAAGGACACGGGGAUUUCUUGUGAUCCCGCGUUGCUCCCUGAGCCCAACCACGUCAUGCUGAACCACCUUUAUGCGCUUUCUAUCAAGGAUGGAGUGAUGGUGCUCAGCGCGACCCACCGAUACAAGAAAAAGUAUGUCACCACCUUGUUGUACAAACCCAUAUGAAGAGCUGGGAGCAACGGUGGGCCCACGGAACAAUUCGCACCACCAGACUCGCGAGUGCAUGUAUUCCGCUAGAGGGAAUGGACUGUAAAUUUCUCAUUUCACACUCUGUGUAAGACGUUUCAUACCUGCCCAGUCCUCCUCGAAGGUCUGUUCCAGGCACAGCAGCUCCUGAAGCACCUUGGUCUCUUAACAGUUCUCUCACCACCCAGGGACUGUGAGCCUCAGGCUCGUCAGUGCCAGGAACAGAGUGGGGGAAAGCAGGUCUGCAGCCCCCACAUGGCAGUGCAUGAAGCGGGUGCACUUGUAAAUAGAUAUCCUCUCAACUGCUCGUGGAGAUUGUUCUUAAGCCAAAAAUAAACACUAGCCACUUUGCUAGUAAAAAUCUGGGAAGCAGUGACCGAGGCCACACAAAAUUGUUAAUUGUAUGUGCGUUUUUAAGGCCAUGGAUUUGACCCUAUUGAGGCCAGGCUGUGGAGCUAACAGCGAGUACAGUGUUGGUCUCCCUGUCCUUUGAAAUCAAAGCAAUAGAUUGUCUCCCAUUCUCUGCUCCAGGGAGGUGUAAUUUCUAUAGAAAUUAGAACCCGUCUGAUUUCCAGAUGAAGUUUUAGAAUUGUUUCUUACACUUAUGUACACUAAGUACUUUUUUUUUUUAACCAGAGGUGGCUGGCUAUACAGCCCUUACUAAGGCAAUUUUUAAUCACCCUGAGUAGACCGUAGAUCAUGUGAACUGUGCUCAGCAAUAAUCUGUUCUCAGAGCAGACUGAAAACCGCUGCCAGAUUUCUCCAUUGAGCUGGGUGAUCCUGAGGACUGACCACUGCUCGCUGGAACAUUGUCCAGUUUUUUAUUCUGAUCAUAAUGAGGUGACAGUGUUACCAUGAAAACUCUGGAGAAGCACCUCACCCUAGCCUAUGCCACCUUGCUCAGGACCUCUGUCCCUGCUUAGCAAAGAAGGCUGUAGCAAGUUGCUGUUGCUUAUUCUGGAAGGAACUUAGAACUUGACGGUAGCCUUCUAAAUUUGUGUUGGGAAGACAUCUUUUGGACCAAAGCAAACCUCUUUACACUCGGCCUAGUUUCCAGGGAGAUGCUGCAGACAUGCCCAUUAGCGUAGGUUCCUGUCCCCGAGUCAGCAGAAGCUGUCAUCAUGCCCUGCGUUCCUGCUGUGAGAUGGGGGACCGAGCUCCCUGGUUUCCAGUAUUUAUUUAGUAAACCUGAGUCCAAAGUACCCUUUUUUGUUACUAUUUUCAAAACACUGAAUUACUGUCACCUUGAUACACAGGUUUCAAUAAAGCUUUGUAAAAAUAA